AGUUCUAGUUUUAAUUUUUUCCCACAUCUGUGCACCAUUGCAAAAUAUAGUAUGCAACAAGUUCUUGCGAGGCAAAAUAUGCAGUCAAAUAAGAUGGAGAAUCUUGAUCACCGUCAUUAUCAUCCACCUAUCCAGCUUCAUGAGGAUAAUCGAACCCAGGCCCAGCUUAUGAAAGACUGCGUGGACAAGGAUCGCCAGCUGAGGCAACUGAGAGGAGAAGAUAUACUAGAGCUUGACAUGGACGGUUUGAUUACACUGGAGAAACAGAUGGAGAGAGGAUUGAGCCGUGUUCUGAAGAUGAAGGACACGUUACGCUUGAACGAGAUAGCUGCUCUCAAGAAUCAGGGUGCUUUUCUGAAGGAAGAGAAUGAACAAAUGAAACAAUUCGUCCAUCAGCAGAUGGGCAGGGGGAAGAAACCUCCAUCCGAUCAACUAGUUCCUGGGCAGUCGGACAAUUCGAUCUCAGAAGCGAGCAGCCCAACUAAUAAUCAAUGUUGCCAUGGCGACUCUGAUACUUCCCUCAAGUUAGGGUAUAUAUAGGGAUGAAUUUGUGGUGUGUUAACUAAGCUUUAAUGUACCUGAACGUUGGAUAUAAAUGACCAACACGUUGGGCAUUAAUAAGUAAAAACUGCAGGACCUUUGUUAUGUAUGAAUAAUAUCUAGCUGAUACAGGAUAUACUUGAAAAUUUAAUUUGCAGCUUGCCUUUUCCACACUGAGGUUACAAGGAAGUGGGGGAUACGCCAAUAAUAUGUGGUUUUUAAUUAGCAUGGGACACAUUAUCCCAAAUAAUUUGUAUAUGAUUUUAUCUAAUAAUUUGAUAGAAGAAAAGGAUUGAACAACGGUGUUUGUG